GAUCAUUUGAAAUUUCUGACCUGCAAUUUCUGACUAAUGUUCUCUAACUUCCAAAACCUUCACUGGAUGAUUAUAUUUACAUAUUGAAGUACCCACAAGUGUGCUUCAUUUAAGUGGCUGCUAGAGUCCAGUGGUUGCAUUAUAGCAGGUGUCAGAGUAAAGGAAGCUAAGUACUUUUUUUUCUUUUUGCAAAGUUAUCUCUUUUUCUGUCCCUUUGUCUCACUUUUUAUUGGUCCACCAUAAAACCAAAUGUAUAAAAACUAAGAAAGUGACUUAUUUUUGCUUUCUCACAGCAAUGUGUGACAAAAAUAUUACCACAUUGAUGAGCAGCACAAAGAUUGAACCUUUCUCCACAAGUAGAAAUGUCUAAACUUAUUCGCUUUCUCCCAAUUUCACGUUUUAAUGUAGGCAGUCCUUUACUAUAAAUCAUUUAAAAGCGUCAGAGUCUUUAUUUCAGGAGCUUGACGCGUUUCAGAUGCGCCGUGUGUCCUCUGGUCUGUCCAGCAGGUGGCACUAUCCCCUUUCUGGUGCUCAGGUGAAGGCUCCGCCAUUUUGAAUUCAGAAGCCGUUGCUGGGCAACUCCAGAAAAAUGACGGAGCUGCACCAAGUGGUAGCAGCGGGAGAUUUUGAGAAGGUGAAGGAGCUACUGAAGAAUCCGAAAUAUAAUCCCAAUAACAAGGACGUCGACUGGAGCUACAAAACCCCUCUGCACUGGGCAGCAGCUAAUGGGGAUUCAGAUAUCAUCAAGGUUCUCUUAGAGAAUGGAGCUAAUCCGUGUCUGAGAACAGUGCACGGAUGGACCCCUGCCCACUAUGCUGCAGAGUCCGGUCAUAUAGCCGCGCUGCGGAUGCUGCACAGCUUCCAUGCACCGAUGGACAAACAGGACUGCUGUGGAGACAAACCAAUAAGAUUGGCCGAAAUAUACGGAAAAGAAGACUGUGUUCGAUUCCUUCAAAAAGCAGAGCUUGAGUAUCAAGACUUCCGCGAGAAAAUAUCUGAAGAAGGUAUUUCAAACGACUCGGAUGAGGAGUGGUUACAACAAAGCAAAGAAUACGAAGAAGACAUUGCUUUUAGAACCAGGAGGAAAACUAAGUCUAGACUCAGCGUUCGUUGA